AUGUGGCUGCCUUCUAGAAGAGAAAUUCCCAUCCGGAAGUAUACUCCAUACCUAUCUACGAGUUUGCCCAAAUUCUGGCACCGCUUUUGUGAGCAAAUUGUCGCCUGCAAAUUCGCGGUCAAUUACAUAAAAAGAUCGUGUCCAAAUACACAAUGUAACCUUAAGCCACAUCGGCGUACUCCGCACCUACUCUGUCGCCUUGAUGAGAAAGUUCCCAGUGCCCCAUAUGGUGGGGAAUAUGAUAGCAGAGCCAAGACUAUUGAUUUAUCAACUUACCACAUCAUGGCACCGAAAAAGAUCAUCAUCGACACCGAUCCUCUGACUAAAUGUGAACAGGGCAUCGAUGACAUCCUCGCACUUCUCCUUGCUUUAUCCGCACAGUCUGAAGAGGUAGAAUUGCUACUCAUCUCUCUGACCUUUGGCAACAUCGAAGUGAGGAGUCUUCCAUUGCUAACUAUGAAAAGCUGCCUUCGUAAUGUCGUCUCCAUGUUCCACAUUCUCGAACGAGAGAUGCAAUGGCGUCGCGAGCAUGGCCGGCCUGAAGGGUUUGGCGCCCUGCACGCCUGUCGACCGGUCAUUGCCGUUGGGGCCGAGGACCCUCUAGAAGAUCAGAAGAUGUUGGCCGAUUAUUUUCAUGGAACUGACGGUCUUGGGGGCAUUCACGCUAGCGAAACAUGGGAGCAUAUGUUCGAUCCCUCGGCGGAUCCCACUGUCAUCGAGCCCAUACGCACCGGAGACUCGGCGCAUCGGUCCUUUAUUGCCUCUAAGCGGCCCGCGCACCAGGAAAUCCUCCGCGUACUACGCGAGAACGAUCCCGACACUGUCACCCUCGUGGCCGUCGGCCCGCUAACCAAUCUGGCCCUCGCUUCCGCGGAGGAUGCCGAGACUUUCUUGCGUGUCAAAGAAGUAGUAGUCAUGGGAGGAGCAGUCAAUGAACCGGGCAAUGUCACACCCGUUGCAGAGUUCAACGCAUACGCCGACGCAUUCGCCGCGGCGCGCGUUUUCGCCCUCACCUCCCCUAACCCCAAAACCACCAUGCCAUCCGGCACCACCCUCCCGUCCUACCCCGCUAAACUAAGCAAACAGCUCACACUCCGCCUCUUCCCGCUGGACAUCACGCACCGCCACGGCAUGACCCGCGGCCUGUUCCGUCAAGCUGUCGCACCCCACCUAGAAGCUGGCUCGCCGCUCGCGGAGUGGAUGUCGGCCUUUAUGGCGCACACCUUCCGAACCAUCGAGAGCCUUCACCGGGACCAGGUCGGUGAUGCUGUCGAUCUCAGCCUGCAUGACCCCGUCUGUGUCUGGUACGCGUUGACCGCGGAGGAUGCGGGCUGGAAGCCCUCCGAUGCCUCGCCUGAGGAUAUCCGGGUUGAGACAACGGGCCAGUGGACCAGAGGCGCGUGCAUUGUCGACCGACGCCCCCGGCAGCGCGUCGAAGGAGAAGAGGAAAGUGCCAGCGACCAUGGCCAUUGGUUGAGUACGAAGGCUGGAAAUCGUAUCUGGAGAAUGGAGAGUUCGCCUGCGGAAAAGAACUUUGGCGCGAUUCUACUGGAACGGAUAUUUCGAUGA